UACUUUCCGUAGGUACUACACACAUUCCGACAUUAUUGAGGGAUCCGAUCAGAGUCUAGACUCUAGAGAAAUACGUGCAACAGACACUGAAACCCUGUCGGGAACAGCCAGAACUCUAGGCAAGCACACCCAGGAUCGAGAGUACGAACAACAUGUCUUCGUGCUCCACAUCGAUGUCCGAGCAGGUGGUAGACGCGAUCCUGGUGAAGGCGACGGCAUCGCUGGAAGCCUCGCAGAUGAAGAACCGCAAAGUGUACAUCAUGCGACACGGGGAGCGCGUGGACUUCACAUUCGGCACUUGGAUCCCCUACUGCUUCGAUGGGCUUGGCAAUUACAUGAGGAAGGACCUCAAUAUGCCCAAGACCCUGCCACGUCGCAAGAACAGCCCCGGGGGCUGGCAGAACGACUCGCCGCUGACCAAGGUGGGUGUCUUCCAGGCAAACCUCAUCGGCCAGGCUCUGCUGGAGGCUCACGUUCAGGUCGAACAUGUCUUCUGCUCGCCCUCGUACCGCUGCAUUCAGAGCUGCACCAGUGCCCUGGCGGGCCUCCAGCAGUGCGGACAGCACAAGAUCAAGCUGGAGCCGGGCCUGUUUGAGUGGUUGGGCUGGUACCCCAGCGGUAUUCCCGAUUGGCUGACCAAAAAUGAGCUGAUUGAGGCCAACUACAACAUCGAUUUGGAGUAUGAGCCCGUUCAGCCCUCGGAUGUGCUGACUGCCAGCCUCAAGGAGUCCACUGAGGAGUUUUACACCCGCAAUCACGACCUUCUGUUGCAGCUUCUGAAGCGCACAACUGGCAAUAUCCUUGUGGUGGCCCAUGCAACGACAUUGGACACUUGCUCCCGCCAGCUGACUGGCGGGGCUCCACGGAGCAGCGACGAGUUGCGUCAGAUGAUGCACAAGAUCCCCUACUGCAGUCUGGCCAGCGUGGAGCAGGUGAAUGGCGUCUGGAAGCUGGUGGAUCCCGAGUGCCUGCCGGUGACGCACUCGAAGAAUCGGCGAUUCGAGUGGAAUGCUCUGGCUACCACCUAGUGCCAGACGGAUCGCGCGAUCGAGAAGAAAGCCCACGCGCCAAUACGUUAAUUAUUUUGCUGAGCCUACACCUUAGUCCUCGCUCGGACAUUGGACGGUGCAACAAAAUUGUUUUGUAACUGCCACAGCUUUUGUUUCGAUUCAAAAAUCCCUUUUUAAAUUUAAAGUAAUUAUGGAGCAUGUUCCGCCCUUUGGCCAGUUGAAGGGAGUCGAAUCCAAAGAGACCCAGUACUCCAGUGCAAUCAAUAUGAGGAAAUAUAUCUUCUAAAAUAUAUUUACACAUAGCACGAGAAA